AUGGAAAAGGGAGAUAUGAACUGCAAGGAAACGCAUAAUGAUAUUCGAGAUGUAUAUGACCAAAUAAAAUUAGAACCAUUAGAAAUUGUUGGUAGUGGUAAUGGUAAACAAGGCAAUAAUAUAAAAGGAUUCAUGAGAUUCAAUAGAAUGUUUGACGAUUGUAAUAUUGAAUCUAAUUCAAUUGGUGCUGUUCCAUAUAAUUUUGUUCCUCUACCUCAUAGAACACCUUCUCCGACAGAAAAUAAUGUUUGA